AUCAAAAUCAGCAUAUUAAAACUGUUUGUAUGUUCCCCAAGUCCAACCCAAACGUUAGCUCUGAGAAAUGGUUGUGUAUUUUUCAGCUCCUUUGGUCCAAACCCUCACACUCACACACCUCCCCUACUUGACUCUCAAUUCAGAUACAUGGAACCUUUGCAGAUCAAAUUCUUGGGUCAAGCAUCGUUCAGUGAAUGCUAACCGUAAUUGUAAGGAACCCCAAUUAGGCCAAAGUUGUAGUUUUGCAAUGUAUGCUUCUCAUUCUUCUUCUGGGUCGUACCAAAAUUCAAAGAGGGUAUGGAUUUGGACACUAAGCAAAGAGGUCAUGACGGCUUCUGUAGAGAGAGGAUGGAAUACUUUCGUUUUCUCGUCCAAGCAUCGACAACUUGCCAAUGAGUGGUCUUUGAUUGCGUUGAUAUGUCCUCUUUAUGUUGAAGAGGGAGGGAUUUUUGAUAAUGAGAAUAGAAGGGUUGCCACAAUUUUUGAGGUUUCAAAUCCGCAAGAAUUACUGCAGCUAAAACCAGCAAAAGGGGAGGAGGAGAAUGUUGUUAUCAAUUUACUAGAUUGGCAGGUUAUUCCUGCAGAGAAUAUUGUUGCAGCAUUUCAGGACAGUCAAACAACAGUGUUUGCCAUAUCAAAAACUCCCUCUGAAGCUCAAAUCUUCCUUGAGGCCCUAGAGCAAGGCCUAGGUGGUGUUAUUUUAAAAGUUGAGGAUGUGGAAGCUGUUCUUGAGCUAAAGGACUAUUUUGACAGAAGAGAUGAAGUGAGCAAUCUUUUGAGCCUGACCAAAGCUACUGUAACUCGAGUUCAAGUAGCUGGAAUGGGGGAUCGAGUUUGUGUAGAUCUCUGUAGCCUUAUGAGACCUGGUGAAGGGCUUCUGGUUGGAUCCUUUGCUAGAGGACUAUUCCUUGUGCACUCAGAAUGUUUGGAGUCAAAUUACAUUGCCAGCAGACCUUUUCGUGUCAAUGCAGGACCAGUACAUGCCUAUGUUGCUGUUCCAGGAGGAAAGACUUCCUACCUUUCUGAGUUGAAGGCAGGAAAAGAGGUGAUAGUGGUUGAUCAAAAAGGUCAACAGCGAACUGCAAUAGUUGGGCGUGUGAAGAUAGAGACCAGACCACUGAUUCUUGUGGAGGCGAAGAGAGAUCUAGAUACUCAAACUAUUUACAGUAUCCUUCUACAGAAUGCAGAAACAGUUGCCCUUGUCUGUCCCUGCCAAGAAACUGGGCAUCAAAAGACAGCAAUCCCUGUGACAUCACUUAAAGUUGGAGAUGAAGUUAUGCUGAGAGUACAAGGAGGGGCCCGCCAUACGGGAAUAGAAAUUCAAGAAUUUAUUGUUGAGAAUUGAGCAAGCAAGAUUACCAUGUGAAAUUUGUUCAUGAAUACUUGCAGAUACGAUGCAAAUAGAGAUAACCGACAAUGUUGAAGUCUUACAUAUGCACCUGACUGAGAUAAUGAGAUAAAUUUCCUCAUGGAAUUGCAUUUGUAUUAAUUGUAUUAUUUAGCCAAAUGUUCUACUUCAACUUUUAUUGAUAAUAAAAUCUAACAUGUUUAUU